UUUUGACCGCGGAAACUCGUUAGCUAAAACUAGGGAAGAAGCCGAAGCUAAAUUUAAGGAAAUAGUUAGGGCUUAUAAGAUUUUGGAUAAUCAGGAAACUAGAGAAAAAUAUAAUCAAUCUAACUACCGAGCUGAUUUUGAAGAAGAAUAUUUGAUGACCGAAGAAGAGGAAAGUUGGACUGUAAUAGAAAGACUUGACUUUGAGUUAGAAAUUCUUGAUAAACAGAUAGCAGAAUUAGAAGAUUAUGGUAGGAGGUUAAAAGAACAUAAAGAAAAUAUUGAUGAAUUUAGAAAAGAGAUACAAGAAAGCCAAAAACUAAAGGUUAGGGAUAUUCCAAAGAAGAAUUUACCCAUGAAAGAAAGAAUUGGACGAGGUUUUUAUUAUUGGUGUAAAAAUCACCAAAACGAGGCUUUUGCGGUUGACGAAAAUGAGAUAACUAUUCCUGGUUAUCAUGUUCAUCAAGGGAAGCCAGAAAAAACUAUCGACGACAAUUAUCCGUCCGUAAUGUUGAAUGGCGUGGAAAUUUUAGGAACGGCCGGUAUUGCUUAUUUGAAAACCAAGCAAAGCGGACUGCCUAUGGAUUAUGUGGAAUGUCCGAAUUGCCAUUACGCUCAUAAUGAUGUGGAAUGGUUUUCAGAAAAUAUUCACACCAAGCAUUUAUGUAAAAAUUGCGGAAAGAACUUUAAUAACAAAAGUAUUGGUAAUCCAUGGAAUACUAAAAGCGGUGAACAAAUUACUUUUGAUAAAAUUUUGAGUUGGGGUGAAGAGUUUGGUCAGCCAUACCUUUCAAACGCUCAACUAGUUGGAGAAGUAAUUAAACAUGGGUUGAAGAAAAAGAUAGUCAUAAUGAAGUAUAAGCGUAAGAAGAGGUAUAAAAAAAAAUUAGGAUAUCGACAACAAUAUACAGCGAUAAAAAUAGUUUCGGCGACGAGAGAUAUUCUUCAAACUGCUUCGGAAAGUUAA